CAGAGGGCGCAGCAGAUUUGGAUCCGUAGCUGAAACACUUUUGUUUGAGCUCUCGUCCGCGAAGCAACACAGCGAUCCUGGACUAUUUACAACCGCUAAACAAGCCUCCCGAGGUGUUUCUCUUCACUUUACCAAGCGACUGAGCGAAACCAGAGGGGAAUAACACAACACGCAGAUCACAGUGCAGCCUCUGAAGUUUUGUUCUUGGGGAGGAUAAAGGAGUCAGCCAUGCCUGUACCGAGGGGGAAGAAACCCACAACCACCACCGGGACCAAGAUCCCCAAACUGACUGCAGCCACCACCGAGAACCAGGGGGAAGGCCCUCAGGUGAAGAGGUCCUCCUCCCCUCCUCAUGGAGCCCCCAAGAAGAGGACUGCUUUCAUCGACAUCACCAAUGCGGCCGGUCUGUGUCUGUCAGACUGUCGGCCGGAGAGCGACAGCAGCGUCGGGACAGCUCAUAAGGUUCACAUCAGCCUUCCAGGGAGGAAGAAGGAUGGCUCGAAGAAGCAGGCGAAGAAAACCAGCUCCACCUCCGUGCCGGCGAAGAAUCAAGCCAACCUGAAAAAGUCUUCAUCUGUGAGCCCAGAAGGGACGACUGCCGAGAAAGAAAAGCCUGACGCAGACGAGGAGGAGAAGGAGGAGGAAGAGGAGGCGCAGAAGGAUGUGGCAGCUCCAGUAGAAGAGCUGGCAGCUGCUGCACCCCCUGCUGUCCGUCAAGUGCCAGCACACCUCCAGAAACAAGUUAUCCCAAAGGAGUUUGACAUCGACUCUGAUAACUCGGAGGACUGUUACAUGUGUCCGGAGUACGCAAAGGACAUCUUUGACUACCUCAAACAGAGAGAGGAAAAGUUCGUCCUCUGUAACUACAUGUCCAAGCAGCCCAGCCUCAACCCAGAGAUGAGAGCGAUCCUGAUCGACUGGCUGGUGGAAGUACAGGAGAACUUCGAGCUGUACCACGAGACCCUGUACCUGGCCGUGAAGAUGGCCGACCACUACCUGGACCAGACUCCAGUCCACAGGGAGAUGCUGCAGCUCGUCGGCUCCACCGCCAUGCUCAUAGCCUCCAAAUUUGAGGAGCGCAGUCCGCCCUGUGUCGACGACUUCCUCUACAUCUGCGACGACGCGUACAAGAGGGAGGAGCUGAUCUCCAUGGAGGCCAACAUCCUGCAGACGCUGCGGUUUGACAUCAACAUCCCCAUCCCGUACCGCUUCCUCAGACGCUACGCCAAGUGUGUGAGCGCGGGCAUGGACACGCUGACUCUGGCCCGGUACUACUGCGAGAUGAGCCUCAUGGAGAUGGAGCUGGUGUCGGAGCGAGGCUCGCUGCUGGCCUCCGCCUGCCUGCUGAUGGCGCUGGUCACCAAAGACCUGGGAGGAUGGAGUCCCAUCCUGCAGUUCCACUCCGGCUACCAGACGUCAGAUUUGGCGCCCGUCGUCCGAAAACUCUACACGAUGCUGCUAGCUCCUCCUGACGACAAACUGAGAGCUGUCAGAAACAAAUACUCACACAAGGUGUUUUUCGAAGUUGCGACCCUGCCGUUGAUCAGCAUCGAUGUUUUGGAGAGCGCUUUAUCUCAGUGAGACUUCCUGCCAGUCCAAACUGAGGGAGACCAAUAAUAACAUUUCCCUCCUGUAUAUAAUUGUUAAUAUGUCUAAUAUUUAUACAUGCAGCCUAGUCUCUUUUAUAUGAUAUCGGAAAUAAAUCUUUAAUUCCAGUUAUGUGACGGAAAAAGAGUUUUAAUGUUGGCAUUUGUUGUCAAGAAAGUUUGCCAGUUUAUUGUGUUGCGGUUGUUAAUAAUGACUUGUAGUUUUACAUUUGGGUACACCUUUUUUUUUGGCAUUAAUUUUUAUAAGAUAAAAGAGAAAGUUAAUUCAUUAGUAAUCUGUAAGCCCUCCCUGUACGUGUUUUAAUUUAAAUGUUCAGCGCUGAUAGUGAGUUGAAGUUUGUAAAUUCGUACUCUUACAGAUGAAUUAUGCACCAGCACACACGUUUUAUAGGUUUUCCAUAUAUCACUGACAUUAGCCGGUGUUCAUGUAUCUAUUUUCAUACCAUUUGUACAGUUGUUUUUAUCAUGUUAAUAUCAAUAUGCUAAUUAUUUGUACAAAAGACGACCGGAUGAUCCUGUGCUAUUUUUAAAUAGCUGUCAUGCGUACUCUUAAAAUAAAGAUGUGUUUCAUAAACGGA